AAGCCCCAAUUCUCUCGACGUUUUUACCUCGAUUGCCGGCGCCGCCUCUUCCUUCCUCUUCUCAAAUUUCUUCCCCACGAUGAAUCAGAUCAGGGCUUUUCUUUCCGCCGGCCGUGCCUGCCUCCGACGUGCGUGGCCAACCAACGCGACGGAGGGCGCACAAUCAGCCGUCGCUCGAUGGUUGAUCGACGGGAAGGUCUGCGUUCGGUACGGUGCCGACGUGCCCUACCCUAAGCUUCGCCUCUCGCCGGCUGCGGCGGAGGAGGACGGCUGGGGAGUCACCGAGGUGGAAGUCCGCCAGCCCGACGGGAGGUUCGCGACAUCAAGGUUCCGCGUCGAGAUCUUGACCCAUCGCAGCGAUGCUCCCGACGACGUGGUCAUAAUUUCCAAGGAUGAACUGGCCUCUCUCGCGAGAAAUGUGUCUGAUCGGGGGGAUCAAAUUCAGCGGAUGAAAAACAAAGUGGAGAGUCGACUGGCUGCUGUUAACGCAGACUUGGAUAAACUCGAAGAAAAGAAGUCAGGUGCACCACAUUGUAAGGAUUAGCUCUCCCUUGGUCGUGUUGCUGUUAUGAAUCGUUUAUUCGUGAAGGGGAUGUAGCUCAGUUGGUAGAGUUUGUGUUUACGACGUACUAAUUAUGUCUGGUAUAAACCUGUCAGGGAUGUAGGAUCAGUUUGUAGAGUUUGUGAUUACGAUGAACGUGCUAAUUAUGUCGGUAUUAGCACGUAUGUUAGCUUGUUCGUCGUCUCAGGGAUGUAACUCGGUUUGUAGAACUUGUGAUUACGAGUCGGAUGUCUAAUUGUUCAAUGUGGUAAUGUUGAUCUCCUUGUUCAAUGUGGUAAUGUUGAUCUCCUAUAUCUGUAUUCCUGAACAUACUGCAAAUGGUAAUGGUUGCCCGAAUUGUUGAACUCUGCAAGUCCUCUGUUUUCUAUUUCGGUCUGUCUUAUGGUU